GUGUCAUCUACUACAAAGCCAGUCCCGGAACCUUGCCGGCGGAUCAGCUGGUGCUGUAUCACCAUCGGGACGCCGUGGAUGGUGCGGUUGCAAGCUGUGCUGAUGGCAGCUGGGUGGUGAAGACUGCCACGUCGGCCGACUACAAGAAACCGCAAUCGGGGUACUUCGAGAUGCACGGGGAGGUGUUGGCAUGCCCGGACAUGGCAGAGGUCCGUUUUGCGACACUGCCGUGUGGUCAGCCGGAGAACAUCACGGAGGAGGAGGUGAAGGUGCAGAAGAUCGUCCUCGACGACCCGGCGACGCCCAUGGCCGCGGAUCACUGGCUCCAUCCCUGCGA